AUGACCCUCAGAGAAAGCAAGAAUCCUGCAAGUGCCAUUAGCCUGUCCAAUAAGACAAAAACCAUUGUAAGCUGCUUCUCCAGAAUAGACACAAACCCUAACCCAGCCUCCAGGCCCAGUGAGCCGUCCUAUUCCAUCCCAACGUACAGCGCAGAGGAGGAGCGUCAGGACGGGAAGCUGUGGAGGACCGUGGUCAUCGGGGAGCAGGAGCACCGCAUCAACAUGAAGGUCAUCGAGCCCUACAUGAGGGUCAUCUCACACGGAGGUCUGGCAGUGGCUCUCCAGCUCCUCCACGGCGACAUAGAGCAGCUGAGACGAGAGUACAUGGUCCUCUUCACGCGGGGUGUGUCUAUCACCAGGAAACUGGGCUUCUCUGAUGUCAUCAUGCCAGGGGAGAUGAGGAAUGACCUUUACAUCACGCUGGAGAAAGGAGAGUUUGAGAAGGGGGGGAAAAGCGUCGCCAGGAACGUAGAGAUCACCGUCUAUGUGCUGGAUAUCGACGGACAGGUCCUCAAGAGUCACGUGGCUGCGGGUGCCGGUGAACCAGGUGCUGAUGAAUACCAUUCCCUGGUGCUGUACCACAACAACAGCCCCCGCUGGGCGGAGCAUAUCAAACUGCCCAUCCCUGUCGACAUGUUUCGAGGGUCCCACGUCCGCUUUGAGUUCAGACACUGCUCUACUAAAGACAAGGGAGAGAAGAAACUGUUUGGAUACUCCUUUGUUCCGCUGAUGCAGGAGGACGGCAGGACGCUGCCAGAUGGCAACCAUGAGCUCAUUAUCCACAAGUGUGAGGAGAACACCAGCCUGGCAGAGUGCUCUCGGUACCUGAAGCAGCCGUUCUCCAAGGCCAACCUGCCGUCCAACAACCAGACGCUGAAAGGCACCAAGGAGUCCUUCUGGAUCACCAGCUUCCUCUGCUCCACCAAGCUCACACAGAACGGAGACAUGCUGGACCUGUUGAAGUGGCGAGCGCACCCCGAGAGGAUCAACGACAGCCUCUCCAAGCUGAAGGAGAUCGAUGGCUCGGAGAUUGUCAAAUUUCUACAGGACACCCUGGAUACCCUUUUUGGGAUUCUGGAUGAAAGCUCUCAGAGAUAUGGACUCAAGGUGUUCGAUUCCCUGGUGCAUAUCAUAAACCUCCUCCAGGACAGUAAAUUCCAGCACUUCAAACCCGUCAUGGACACGUACAUCGAGAGCCACUUUGCUGGAGCUCUGUCCUACAGGGACCUGAUCAAAGUGCUGAAGUGGUACGUGGACCGCAUUGUUGAUGCAGAACAUCAGGAUCACAUCCAGCAGGUGCUCAAGGCCAGCGAGUACAUCUUCAAGUACAUCAUCCAGUCUCGCCGGCUCUUCUCAUUGGCUACCGGGGGCCAGAACGAGGAGGAGUUCCGAGUCUGCAUCCACGAGCUCUUCAUGUCCAUCCGCUUCUUCCUCUCGCAGGAAAACAAAAGCACCAGUCCGGUCGCACAGACACAGGCGGUGUUCCUGAGGACGUUUCCAGCGGUGUACGGCGAGCUGUUGAAGAUCUUCACCAUGCGGGAGGUGGCGGGCUUCGUCAGGGAGACGCUGGGCAGCCUGCCCACCGCCGUGCACGCUGACUGCCUGGAGGCGGUCAGACUGCAGUGCAUCGCCAAGACUGUAGAGAGCCAGCUGUACAUCAACCCAGAGUCGCGGUGCAUCCUGCUGCCGGUGGUGCUGCGGGUCCUCCAGGCUCACAUGCAGGAGCAGAGAGACCUGGUGAUAUGCGCCCGCAUCCUCACCAGCAUGCUGUCCCUCAUCAUCAAGGAGGAGAACGGCUCUGCGGAGCCGGUCGUCUCAGAAGAGGUGGAGCUGAUUGUGGAAAGCCUGCUGGGAGAUUUGAUGAGAACCAUUCUGGAAAUAAGCAACCGGCCCCAGCCUGCCGGCCCCACCAUGAGACUGCAGUUCCAGGAUGUCACUGGGGAGUUUGUGGCGUGUUUGUUGGCCCUUCUGCGACAGAUGAGUGACAGACACUACCAGCAGCUGCUGCAGGCUUUCAGCAGCAAAGACAACCUGAGGGAUUUCCUCCUUCAGAUCUUCACAGUCUUCAGGAUCCUGAUCCGACCAGAAAUGUUUCCCAAAGACUGGACCGUCAUGCGGUUGGUCACCAACAAUGUCAUCAUCACAACCGUUCUCUACCUUUCUGACGCUCUGAGGAAGAACUUCCUCAACGACAAGUUUGACUACAAGGUUUGGGACUCGUACUUCUACCUGUCAGUAAUAUUUAUUAACCAGCCCUGUCUCCAGCUGGAGUCCUUCUCCCCCUCCAAGAGGAAGAAGAUUCUGGAAAAGUAUGGAGACAUGAGGGUGAUGAUGGGCUGUGAGAUCUUCAGCAUGUGGCAGAAUUUAGGGGAACACAAGCUGAACUUCAUCCCCGCCAUGAUUGGUCCGUUCCUGGAGGUGACGCUGGUGCCUCAGCCUGAUCUGAGGAAUGUCAUGAUCCCCAUCUUCCACGACAUGAUGGACUGGGAGCAGAGACGCAGCGGCAAUUUCAAACAGGUGGAGGCCAAGCUGAUCGACAAGCUGGACAGUUUGAUGUCUGAGGGCAAAGGAGACGAGACGUACAGGGAGCUCUUCAACAGCAUAAUUCCUCUGUUUGGUCCGUACCCUAGCCUUCUGAAGAAGAUUGAGAGGGAGACCUGGAGGGAGAGCGGCAUCUCUCUGAUCGCCACCGUCACUCGCCUAAUGGAGAGAUUGCUGGACUAUAGGGAUUGUAUGAAGCUGGGAGAAGUGGAUGGUAAAAAGAUCGGAUGCACAGUCAGUUUACUGAACUUCUACAAAACUGAGCUGAACAAAGAGGAGAUGUACAUCCGCUACAUCCACAAACUGUACGACCUGCACUUUAAAGCACAAAACUACACCGAGGCAUCGUACACCCUGCUCCUGUACGAUGAGUUACUGGAGUGGUCAGACAGGCCGCUACGAGAGUUCCUGAACUACCCCAUGCAGAGCGAGUGGCAGAGAAAGGAGUACCUGCACCUCACCAUCGUCCAGAACUUCGACAGGGGGAAGUGUUGGGAGAAUGGCAUCAUCCUGUGCAGAGAACUGGCUGACCAAUACGAGAGUUACUAUGACUACAGGAACCUGAGCAAGAUGAGGAUGAUGGAAGCCUCUCUCUAUGAUAAGAUCAUGGACCAGCAGAGAUUAGAGCCUGAAUUCUUCAGAGUGGGUUUCUACGGAAAGAAGUUUCCUUUCUUCUUACGGAAUAAGGAGUUUGUGUGCCGCGGCCAUGACUAUGAGAGGCUGGAGGCUUUUCAGCAGCGGAUGCUCAACGAGUUCCCGCACGCCAUCGCCAUGCAGCACGUCAACCAGCCGGACCAGACCAUAUACCAGGCCGACGCUCAGUACCUGCAGAUCUACGCCGUAACCCCCAUCCCCGAGACUCAGGACGUGCUGCAGAGAGACGGAGUGCCUGACAACAUCAAAAGCUUCUACAAGUUCAAUCACAUCUGGAGGUUCAGAUAUGACCGGCCUUUUCACAAGGGCACCAAAGACAAGGAGAAUGAGUUCAAGAGCCUGUGGGUGGAGAGGACGACCCUGACUCUGGUGCAGAGUCUUCCUGGCAUCUCCCGCUGGUUUGAAGUGGAGAAGAGAGAGCUGGUGGAGGUCAGCCCGCUGGAGAACGCCAUCGAGGUGAUCGAGAACAAGAACUUACAGCUCCGCACACUGAUCACCCAGUGUCAGAGCCGGCAGAUGCAGAACAUCAACCCCCUCACGAUGUGCCUCAACGGAGUCAUCGACGCCGCCGUCAACGGGGGGCUGGCCCGCUACCAGGAGGCCUUCUUCGUGAAGGACUACGUUAUGAAUCACCCCGAGGACGGAGACAAGAUCGGCCGACUGAGAGAACUCAUGUUUGAACAGGCACACAUUCUGGAGUACGGCCUCGCUGUGCACGAGAAGUUUGUCCCCCAGGACAUGAGACCCCUCCACAAGAAGCUAGUGGACCAGUUCCACCUGAUGAAAUCCAGCCUCGGCAUACAGGAGUUUCCAGCGUAUGUGCGUGCGAGCCCCGUGCACUUCACCAACGGGAGCCCGCGAACAUGCAGGAACUCGGUGCCCAACAUCAUCAGCCCCGACGGAGGCAGAGGGGUCGCCAGGCGGAGUUUCCCCAGCUACCCUGCCGUGAACCGCUACUCUUCGUCCUCUCUGUCGUCUCAGGCCUCCAAUGAAGUCAGUAACAUCACAGGGCAGUCGGAGAGCUCGGAUGAAGUCUUCAACAUGCAGCCCAGUCCGUCUACCUCGAGCCUCAGCUCCAACCACUCUGCCUCGCCGAAUGUCACCAGCUCGGCCCCCUCCAGUGCCAGAGGUUCCCCCCAGAUGGCAGAGAAACACAAGCAUUCCAGAGAAAACACCUGUCUGUCUCCCAGAGAGCGACCGGUCAGCGCCAUCUUCCCCAACCCCCUGGACCCUGCACAGAGAGCUGCUCCUCAUCAGAUAGGCGACACCACUUUACCACGGAGUGACCCCAACCUCUCAGCACCAGACAAAGUGAGAGCCACAUUCAGUAGCUGGAGCCUAGACAGUGUCAAAAUGGGCGCUCCAUCCAUCUCUGACUCUCUGGGCAAAUUGCUAUGCCCUCCUGUACCUCCUAGGCCACCGUACUCAGGAUCCUCGGCUAAAAACAUGAGGUCGCAGUCUCCCGUCUCAGCUUCCAGAUCGCCGCAAAAGACCACAGUGCCGCCCUUCACCCCCUCGCCCACUGAGUGCCAGUCCACCAGCCUGGUGUCCAGCUCCCCGGUGCUCUCGGGCUCUUACAGCAGCGGCAUCUCGUCCCUCAGUCGCUGCAGCGUGUCGGAGGCGUCGGGCACCGAGCUGAAUGCAGGAGACCACCCCCUCUACCCGCUGGCCCCCCCCUCCACCAUGCCAAACUCCGUCUCCAGCAGCUCCGACGAGCCCAUCCGCAGAGAGAACAAGACGCCUCCCCCCUACAGCGUGUACGAGAGGAACAACCCCCGCAGGCCCGUGCCGCUGCCCCACAGCCUCUCCAUCCCACCACAGGUGGACCCCCCUGCCCUGCCACCCAAGCCUCACCAGCUCCGCACAGGCAGCAUGAAGCUGGACGGGACCUCCGACCCCCGAGUCCCCCGACCAAGGCCUCUGCCCAGGAAGGUGUCCCAGCUAUAGGUGCUGGUCCGGGGUCUGGAGAAGAAACACACUGGCGUAUUUUGCACUUUUCUACUGGGCACUCACUUGUUUUUAUUUGUGAUCUUCAGUUUGGCAUUCCUGAUCUACACUCCAAUAAAAGACCUAAAUAUUAACAGGCAGGCAAAAGAACAACUGAAGGAACUGCCAAAUAAGGAAAGUUUCUUUUUGUAUUUACUAGAGGGCAUUGCAUUGACUUUGACUUGGUCAUACCGCACUUUUAGCUCUAGUAUGUAUAACAGGUCACCAAGCAACAUAUACCAGAACCCACUAGAAAAACACAGUUUUGAUAGAUGUAAUAAUCUCAAAUAUAUGUAUAUUGGUAUAUAUGACAAUUGUUUUUGCCUUAAGUAUUGGAAACAGUCUUUUAUCCGUGGGUCUUGCACGUUUUUUUUUUUUAUGACUCCGUACAUUUGUAUACUAUAUGGCUAGAAAGGUGCUAGAGACCUCGAGUAUGCAUUUCAGUAAAGUGCAGUAGAUACGGGUGUGUUCCCAUAGUCAUAGCUACACAAGCAAUGGUACAAAUAAUUAGUAUUCCUUUUUAAAAAAGCUGCCAUCUUUUAAAAUACAGAUUUUUAAGCAGCAAUUAGGACAUUUUAGUAACAGCAAUUGUAAGGCUUAUUUAAAGGAGACCUAUCAUGCAAUAUUUGAAUAAUAUAUUGUAGGGCCAUACCUACAUAAGGUAUAU